AGUCUUGCACAGUUGUACCGGCUCCUCCCCUUCAGUCUUGCACAGGUGUACCGGCUCCUCCCCUUUAGUCUUGCACAGGUGUACCGGCUCCUCCCCUUCAGUCUUGCACAGGUGUACCGGCUCCUCCCCUUCAGUCUUGCACAGGUGUACUGGCUCCUCCCCUUCUGUCUUGCACAGGUGUACCGGCUCCUCCCCUUCUGUCUUGCACAGGUGUACCGACUCCUCCCUUUCAGUCUUGCACAGGUGUACGGGCUCCUCUCCUGGACUGAAACAGCUUACUCUGAUUUCACUGCACACUGUGAGCAUCUCACCAUGUGCAUUAGAAGCUGCAGUAGGUCAUAUAGAGCUCCACCGCCUUUCCUGCCUGGAGGACAUAUAGCAUCAUCUAGCCACAGGUGUCAAUCUGGCGGCCCUGCAUUACCUAGGACAGUCUGCAUGCAAAUGACUUCUGCUUAGGAACGCCCACUUCUCCAAACUGUCAUCAAGACAUUUUGAUGUUUGCAUAACUCCUCCCA